AUGGAGAUGGAGGGAAAGAAGCCUUACGUGAUCGCCAUCGUCGUCCAGCUCAUCUACACCGGCAUGUUCGUCGUCUCCAAGGCGGCCUUCAACCAUGGCAUGAACACCUACGUCUUCGUCUUCUACCGCCAGGCCGCCGCAUCGCUCCUCCUCGUUCCUAUCGCACUUGUUCUUGAAAGGAAUAAUGUGCGGUCCAUGUCCCUGGGGCUGCUUCUUAAGCUCUUCUUCUAUGCCUUGAUCGGGAACACAUUCAGCUUGAACCUGUACAACGUGAGCAUGAAGUGGACAUCGGCGACCGUGGCAUCCGCGUCCAGCAACUCCAUGCCCGUCAUCACCUUCUGCCUGGCGCUGCUCCUGAGGAUGGAGGCGGUGAAGCCGAGGAGCAUCUCAGGCAUGGCCAAGCUCGCCGGCGUCGCGCUCUGCGUCGCCGGAGUCUUCGUCCUCGCCUUCUACGCCGGGCCGGCGCUGAGCCCCGUGAAUCGCCACCGUGCCUUCGCUGUCGCCCACGCAUCGAACACCAGCAAUCAUCCCAGCAGCAGGAUGACGUGGGUGAAAGGAACGUUCUUCAUGGUCCUCGCCAACGUCACGUGGGCCCUCUGGAUCGUCCUGCAGUCCGCAUUGCUGAAAGAGUACCCCAAUAAGAUGCUUGUGACGGUGACACAGUGCGUGUUCAGAACCCUGCAGUCAAUCGUUGUAGCAGUGGUGGCUGAGAGGGACUUCUCCAAGUGGAAGCUCCGAUUUGACAUUAGCUUGCUAGCCAUCGUUUACACGGGGUUUGUGGUAACCGGAGUGUCCUACUAUCUUCAGGCAUGGUGUAUGGAGAUGAAAGGCCCAGUCUUUCUAGCAAUGUCCAACCCGCUCUGCUUCGUCUUCACCAUAUUCUGCUCCUCCUUCUUUCUAGGGGAGAUUGUUCACCUUGGCAGCAUCGUGGGUGGAGCUCUGCUGGUUGCAGGGCUUUACAGUGUGCUGUGGGGUAAAAGCAGGGAAGCCAUGGAGUCUGAGCAGGAGGGAAAGGAAGAGCAGAAGGACGCAGCCAAAGCAUCAUCCGUGGUUGAACAAGCGUGA